UUCCGUGUGCCAAUAAGAAAAGAGGAAAUGCCUGUAUAAAGAUCCGAUCGCACUUAAAAACUCCAAGCAGUAUUCCGAGAGCGUAUUUCAUACACAGCUAGGAAAGAAUCAGGGAUGGCGAGUUAAGACUUUAGGAAAAGGACCCGUGAAUUUCCGAGAAAGGCGAUUCUUCAGUUCACAAGCCGUAAGAUUGAGCAAGUAUUGUUUUGAAAGUAGACGAUUCCUUUCGAGCAGAAAAGGUAACUUGUGCGUCAGAAAACAUGAAAGAUUUGCCUUUUUUUCCUGUGGUUUGUGGUGUGUUGCUGGUUCUGUUACUCGUCGAGCCAGGUUACGGAGAAACUCAGUCACAAGAGCAAGUCCUAGGAUUCUUGGAUGAAUUAGACAGGCUCGCCGAUCCGAAUUCUGAUCCAAACAACAAAGGACAUUUCUGCAAGUUCUACGAGCCUCGUUUAAUGCGAAGUCCUCAAGAAUACAAGAGAAGAAGUGUGAAGAGCUUUCAAGUGCCCUGUGCGAGGGGUGACAGUAUAAGACGGUGUAAUAAAUACAGACUGGUAUUUGAGCCAGGGGUUCGUGAGGUGACCAAAACAGUACUGAGGAGGGUACAGAGGUGUUGUAAAGGCUGGAAAGGCACCAACUGCAAUCAACGCGAUGAGGACUAUUCCAACGACGAGAAGAGGCAGCUUGUCGGUUCAAACUCAUCCACUCCAAUCGAAGAAGAGAACAAGUGUUGGAAAAUCAACGUUACCAUUGAGUAUGGAUAUACUUCUGUCAACAACGUCACCAUAACUCGAAACCAGGCUCUUAGCGUGAUGAAGAAGAUCGCCGGCAAGGCCAGAGCUGGGCUUUACUUAUGUCGAGAUGUAACGGUAAAAUUGCGUGACGUGCAAGUCACACGUGGAAUCAACGUGACAUACAUAAUGGGAGUAUUUCAUCUUGUACCAAAACUAGCCACAUCCAAAUCUCUGUCAAGCAGUGCUAUAAAGUGCGUCAAAGGAGCUGGAACUUUCAUGGAUUUGAGAACUCAACCUGCACGUAAUGCACCAAAACUAUUCGGCGCACAGCCCGCAACUGAAGCCGUCGUGACGUAUUACAUGAAGGGAUUGUGCUGCGCUGACGGACUGGUGGAGAGUAAUGGCAUCUGUGUUCCUUGUGCAGCUGGCUCGUAUCAUGACGUACAUGCUGAGCAGUGUAUUGGAUGCAAACAGGAUACUUAUCAGCGAUACGAUGGGCAGACAUCUUGUUUGGCGUGCCCUAAUGGUACAGUUGCUGACGGAAUGAACGCAACCAAGUGUACAAAGACAUGUUCACCAUCUUGCCAAAAUAACGGUUUGUGUUCGGACGGCCUGUGUUUCUGCUCGUCUGGUUACACAGGGAAGGCUUGCGAACAAGCUGUUUGUGUUCCAAGUUGUUUGAAUGGAGGUCUUUGUAUAAAACCCUACCAGUGCUCAUGUCCGAGUGGGUGGACAGGAGAGAGAUGCAGCAAACCUCUGUGUUCUAGCCCCUGUGAAAACGGUGGCACCUGUACAGCACCUGCCACAUGCAUGUGCAGGCCUGGUUACUCUGGGGUCACGUGCAAAACAGCAAUAUCUUUCUGUUCUGGUUUACUCGAUGGUAACUACAAAGAUCCACACAACUGCUAUGGAUUCAUAUCAUGCUCUAAUGGUUUAACUUAUAAGAUGGACUGCCCAGCUGGCCUGAGGUAUAACUACACCAUCAAUCAGUGUGAUUGGCCAGCUAAUGUACCAUGUGAUCAGGAUAUCGUAACAAUUGAGGCAAGAACAAUUCUGUCCACUGCUCUUCCUCGUGGUGCCAUGAACGAGCCAGAACUGUGUUUCACGUGGCGAUCACAUGUCAAAACCUUCGAUGGCCGCUACUUCUACUUCCCAGGCCGCUGUACGUACAAACUGAUACACGAUUGCCGGGAUGACUUGUUCUCUGUUCACGUGUUCACUGAUCCUUUGUGUAGCGAUCUUAAAAAUUGUCGUCGCGCGGUCAAUUUAUACCUGGGAGGACUGGACAUCAAGAUCCAUCUAGGAGAACAAGAUCAGGUGACGGUGGGUGACAAAAACGUGUCACUUCCUCAUGUCGUAAACAACGUUGUCAUCGAGCAAGUCUCCAACUAUGUUAUCACGUAUGGCUACAAUGGAAUAAGUGUGUUAUGGGACGGGAUUGACGCAGUGUACGUACAUGUCUCGGCCAAUCACAGGAACAGAACCUGUGGCUUAUGCGGCAACUACAAUGGGUUCCCGGAUGAUGACGUCAUGACGUAUGGUGGUCAACAGGUUUCCUCUAUCGCUAAAUUUGGUAACAGUUGGCGUAUGACAGACGUUAACGACUUCUGUCCAAACGUCCGCGAUGAAGAGACCAAGAGUCCUUGCAGUUUGGUAACGCAAGGCAAUAUGACGCAGAUACAAAGCAUCUGUUCCUAUAUGCGCAACUCGACGUUCUUUCUUUGUCACGUGAUCCUUGACCCUGCGCCGUUCAUCAAGAUGUGCGAAGAAGAACUCUGCAAGUGCAACUUGACUGACCGCUUCGACUGCGCAUGUUCUGCAUUUACCCAAUACUCACGAGCAUGCGCACGAAAUAAAGCGCCAAUUCAAUGGAGGACAAGAGAUAUUUGUCCUGUCACGUGCCCAAAAACUUUGGAGUACACUGAAUGUGGAUCGUCUUGCCCUCCAACAUGUCAAAUAAAGAAGAGAAAUUAUGUUUGCCCUCAGCGGUGUCUUGACGGCUGUCGCUGUGGUAACGGCACAGUGUAUGAUGGUCAGCGGUGUGUGCCUGUAGAGCUGUGUCCUUGUCUUCACAACAAGAAACAUUACGCGCCAAACUCAGUUAUCAAACGAGACUGCAACAACUGUACAUGUGCUAAUGGUCGGUGGGUAUGUACAACCCUACAAUGUCCAGGAGUCUGUUCCGCUAGCGGUGAUCCGCACUACAGAACAUUUGACGGGCUUCAGUUUUCCUUCAUGGGAAAAUGUCAAUACAUUUUAGCUAAGGACUGCGUCAAUAACUCCUUCACGGUCCUGGUCGAUAACGUGCAAUGUGGCUCAGAUGGUACAGUGUCUUGCACCAAAAACGUGUACGUACAUCUCAAUGGCACAACUAUCACACUCAGGGGAGGAGGGACAGUUCUUAUUGACGGCAUUCAAGUGGCAAAUUUCCCCAGAGUUGCAGAGAGUUACAUCAUCAGGCACCUGUCGUCAUCAAUGACGUCAGUACACAGUCCUGUUGGCUUACAUGUCAAGUGGGAUGGUAUCUCGCGCGCUUACGUCAUGGUACAACCUCGUUUUCGUGGCAUGACUUGCGGCUUAUGCGGAACUUUCAACAACAACCAAAACGAUGAUUUGACGACCAAAGAAAACGUCGUGGAAACGAGCGUUACAGCUUUUGGAAAUUCCUGGAAGGUGAAUCCUGCUUGUAAUGAUACGCAGGCAUCAAAGCACCCUUGCGAGAUGCAGAUUCAACGAAAGGCCACCGCGGAGAAGCUGUGUAACAGACUCCUGCACGCUCCGUUCACCAGAUGUCACCACACUGUGGACCCUGCUGAUGGGUAUAUCGCCAGUUGUAUGUUUGACGUGUGCGGGUGUCAGCAAGGAACCCAAUGCCUGUGUAGUGCCAUUGCUGCUUACGUACAUGACUGUGCUAGACAGGGGAUCGUUAUCGAAUGGAUAAAUUCCAACGUCAUGCCGGAGUGUAGUGCAGUUUGUUCCAUUCAGGGACAGGUGUACCAGGUCUGCGGCUCUUCGUGUCAACGGACGUGCCGCGAAAUCUCCAUGGACCUCCCUUGUCAGGAGGAAUGUGCUGAGGGCUGCAAUUGUCCGAAAGGCAAGGUCCUCAGGGAAGAUAACCAAUGUGUGGCCCUCUCCCAGUGCCCCUGUUACCAUGAUGGACGUGCCUAUAAUCCUGGGACAGUAAUUAAACCAACUAACUGCAAUGAAUGUUUAUGCAAGGAUGGAAAUUUUGUGUGUGCCAACAGAACAUGCCAAGUUUGUCCUUUGGGUCAAAAGUGGGUAAGCUGUGGCGCGCAAUGUGCUAAGACCUGUGACAAUUUCCACCUGCCCUGCCUCGAAACAAAGUGCCGGGAAGGUUGUGUCUGCCCUGAGGGUAUGGUACUACAUGGCCAGCGGUGUGUAAACUCGUCCCAGUGCCUUUGCCAUCAUGGAGGCCACAGCUACAGGCCGGGAAAACAGAUUAAAGUGGACUGUAAUACUUGUUCUUGCCAAGGCACUCAAUGGUCGUGUACCAAUCACGUCUGCCCCGGGACAUGCUCAGUAUACGGCGAACUUAAUUACAUCACCUUUGACGGCAGAAGGUUCACUUUCAGUGGAGCCUGUGAGUAUCUCCUUGCGCAGGACUCCUGCAAUGCCACGUCGACUGGCACCUUCCAAAUACAGGCCCAGAACAUGCCUUGUGGGAGCAGCGGCUUAACAUGCACCAAAAAAGUUACCAUUACCAUCAAUAACACAUUGAUUGUUUUAGAACGAGAGAAAGCACCUUUCGUGUCACCGCUGCCCGGCGCUUCAGGCUCCAGUAUCACAGUGCGGUUCCAAAUCAGCGAGCGCCAUUUCUUCAUUGUUUUAGAGACUGACCUUGGCUUGACAGUCACGUGGGACAGAGGAACAAGGCUGUACAUCACUCUAGACCCAAAGUUCAAAGGACAAACCUGCGGUUUGUGUGGAAACUUUAACGAUGACAGGAACGACGAUUUCAUGACUCCACAAAUGUUACCAGAGACCUUAGCCAAUGACUUCGGCGACAGCUGGAAAGUCGAGUCAUCAUGCCCGGAUGCAGUCGUUCCCAAGAAUCCUUGCGCGACGAACAAGCACCGUGCACCGUGGGCUCACAAGAUGUGCAGCGUCAUUCGGAGAGAUGUGUUUAAGCCUUGUCAUGAAGUGGUAGACCCAGAUCCCUGGUACGAUGCAUGCUACCGCGAUGCCUGCGCGUGUGACAGCGGUGGUGAUUGCGAGUGUCUGUGUACAGCCAUUGCUUCGUAUGGUCACGAGUGCUGUAAGCAUGGGGUGCCAAUCAAGUGGAGGACACAGGAACUUUGCCCCAUUCAGUGUCCACGCGAGGGAAAAAAUUGCUUUGAGUACACCGCCUGCGGAACAGCCUGCCCCAAAACGUGUGAAAACCUUUGUGACUUCACUCCAUCUCGUUGUCCCGUGCGAUUUGAGGGAUGUUCUUGCCCAAACGGCACAGUACUGCAUGACGGGAAAUGCAUUGAGCCCGGGAGCUGUCCUUGUCAGGUGGGAGGGGUCGACUACAAGUCUGGAUCAGUUAUUGUGAAGGACUGUCAAAGAUGUACGUGUCAGUCUGGAUGCCUUUCUUGUACUGGCCCUAAAUGUUCAACUUCAGGUACAAUCGCUACCUUCACGCCAGAAACAGUCGUGGCCUCAUCCAAACUGCAAGAAACAACCACAGCAACUACAGCAAGAUCACCAAUAACAUCACAAACUACUACCAAAUUACCCGGGACAGCAAUAGUUUCCAGAUUACCAGGAACAACCAGUUUCAAGUCGCCUAAAACAGCAACAACAACUCCUAAAUCAUCAGGGGCAACGACAUUUUCCAAGUCAACAGGAACGACAACUACAACAACAUCAACUUCCAAACCACCAAGCACACUUACAACCAAGUCACCAAAAACCACGAUUACAACUAAAAAGAAACUAGAAUCAACAACAGCGUCCAAGCCAUCAGAAACGACGAUAACAACUACCAAGUCACCAGGGACAAAAACAGCAAAAACAAUUCCUCAUCCACCAGGAACAAAAACAACAACGCUCAGGUCACCAAACACAACAACAACUAAUACCAAGACAGCACCAACAACAACAACUCUAAAGCCCCCAGGAACAACAGCAACAACUAGUAUCAAGUCACCCGAAACAACGAAAACUACUACCAAGUCACCAGAAACAACAACUACUACCACCAAGUCCCCAGAAACAACAAUUACUUCUAUCAAGUCACCAGUAAAGUCAACUCUUUCUACCAAGUCACCAGAAACAACAAUUCUUUCUAUCAAGUCGCCAGAAACAACAAUUACUUCUAUCAAGUCGCCAGAAACAUCGACUAUCAAGUCAACAACUACCAAAGCUUCUACCACCAAGUUACCAGAAACAUCAACAACAAUAACAACAACAACAACUACCAAGUCAUCAGAAACAACAUUUACUACGAAGUCGCCAGAAACAAAAGCUAUUACCACCAAGUUACAAGAAACAACAUUUACUACUAAGUCACCAGAAACAACAACAACAACCACCAAGUCGCCAAAAGCAACAAGACCAACUAUUACGAAGCCACCAGAGACAACAACUACCACCAAGUCACCAGAGACAACAACUACUUCUACCAAGUCACCAGAAACAACAGCCACAACAACAACUGCCAAGUCACCGGAGACAACAACAUUAACUACCACCAAGCCACCAGAGAUGACAACUACUUCUACCAAGUCACCAGAAACAACAACAGCAACAACAACAACAACAACAAGAACUGCCAAGUCACCAGAGACAAAAACAUUAUCUACCACCAAGCCACCAGCGACAUCAACAACAACUACAACAGUGUCACCAGAGAUAACAACAACAACUACUACCCAGUCACCAGGAACAACAACA